AUGACGCAACACUCAACAUAUUCAUUAGAAUUUUUUAGUAUGACAGAAUUAUUAAACUACCUUCAUAUCAACAGUAUUCUUAGCAACAGUACUACAAAUUGCCGAUUCCGUACCUCAGAGCUAGAAGGACGUGGACUUUUUGAAACAAAUGAUAACCAACAGGAGCUUGCUUUUCGAAAAACCAUCGAAAUCAUUAACACAGAUGAGUCCAAGCUUCCUAGGACUAAAUUAGCAGCAAGAGUGAAAAGAGUUGCUCCUCAGGAUAGUUUCCGUGCUCUCAAAACAGCAUGCGACUUCCUGGAGGAGGGCAUGGCGGCCAUCAUCGGCCCUGAGUCUCCGUCCAACAUGGGGGUGUCUCAGUCCACGUGCGACGCCUUCGAGAUGCCCCUCCUGCAGACGCACUGGGCCCCCCGGACCCUGCCGCGCAGCCACACCCUCAACUUCUUCCCCGACAGCAAGACGCUGGCGGUGGCCUUCUCCGAAUUCAUCGUCAACCAGAACUGGAAAAGUUUCACUCUCAUCUUUGAAGAUAAUGAAGCCUUAAUUCGCCUUCAGGAAAUCCUGCAGUUGCCAACGGCGUCAAAAACUCCUCAGAUGAAAAUCACCCUAAGACAUGUAAAGCCAGAUCAAGAUUUCAAGAAAUUUAUGAAAGAUUUAUUUAAUUUACGAGAAAACAAUUUUGUAGUUGAUUUACCACUUCAUCGCGUUAAACAGUUAUUUAAUGACGCAGAUAGUGUGGACAUGAUGACAGAAUAUCAAAACUACCUGUUAACUUCCUUGGAUGUGCACACUGUUGAAUGGAAUCAGAACUACAUAGGAAGAACUAAUAUCACUGCCUUUAGACUGAUUGAUCCAGAAAACGAUAAAUUCAGGAAGUUCCUGUCCGAAUGGAAGUUUUCAGAGCAGGCCAUUGGAAAUGAUGUGAUCAGCAAGCAACCCAUAACGACAGAGGCCGCUUUGAUUUAUGAUGCCGUCCUCAUGCUAUCAAAGGCUUUGGAUGACUUAGACCGAGGCAAGCCCAUUGAACUACGAUCACUGUACUGUGAUGGAUCUUCCACGUGGCCUGAUGGCACAGCAGUUGUCAAUUACAUGAAGAUAGUUCCUUUUGAAGGGACUAGUGGAACCAUCAAAAUUGAUAGAAACGGAUUACGUUCGACAUUUAGCAUAGAUGUUGUUAAAGUAACAAGAAGAGGAGUUUUGAAAGUUGGAACCUGGGACACUGAAAAACGAUUUACUUAUAAAAAAGAAGCUGUUGAUGAGUUCAGUGAAGUUAAAGAUUUGUUACGAAACACUACGUUGAAAGUAACAUCCAUACUUACAAGACCAUAUUUAAUGGAAAGGAUGCCGAAGGGUGAUUACCAGGGAAACGACCGGUACGAAGGAUUUUGUAAAGAUCUUUUGCAGAAGUUGUCGGAAAUAUUUGGGUUUCGCUUUAUCAUCACACCUGUUAAGGAUGGUCGCUAUGGGAGUGUGGAUGCUGCUGGAACAUGGAAUGGAAUGAUGGGAGAACUUCUUAGAAGAGAAGCUGAUAUCGCUGUUGCAGAUCUGACAAUCACUUACAAGCGAGAAUCUGCAGUGGACUUCACCAUGCCCUUCAUGAAUUUGGGCAUCAGCAUUCUCUUCAAAAAGCCCGAAAAGCAGAGUCCGCCCAUGUUCUCUUUCCUGAAACCGUUGUCUCUAGAAGUCUGGUUCUACAUGGGUACUGGUUACCUCGGCGUUAGUCUUUUCCUCUUCAUCCUUGCUCGAUUAAGUCCAUAUGAGUGGGUCAAUCCUCAUCCGUGUGAUACAGAAAAUACUGUGGUGGAAAACCAGUUCACACUGCUCAACAGUUUUUGGUUUACCAUCGGAUCCAUCAUGCAACAGGGAUCUGAUAUAUUACCAAGGGCGAUUUCCACUCGAAUAGUAGCUAGCAGUUGGUGGUUUUUCACUCUCAUUAUGAUAUCUUCAUACACUGCCAACUUGGCGGCGUUUCUGACGGCACAGCGGAUGACUUCUCCUAUUGAAAGUGCCAGUGAUCUCGCCAAACAAACAACAAUACAAUACGGAUCUGUGAAGGGAGGAUCCACAAUGAACUUUUUUAAAGAAUCAACGUAUCCGGUUUACAAGCGCAUGUGGUCCUUCAUGGAAUCUCAGAGACCUUCUGUAUUUGCUGAUGACAAUGACAAAGGUAUAGAACGUGUAAGAAUGGGAAAUUACGCAUUUCUCAUGGAAUCUAUGAGCAUAGAAUACGUCACAGAAAGGAACUGCGAUCUUACGAGAAUUGGAGGAGAGCUGGACUCAAAAGGAUAUGGAAUUGCCACACCACCCGGAUCUCCUUACAGAAGCUUGUUGUCGAGUGGCAUUUUAGCUCUACAAGAGAACCAACAACUUCAGAUACUGAAAGACAAAUGGUGGAAAGCAACUGAGCGUUGCCCCGAUGAUUCCGGUUCUUCGUCCAACGAAAUGGGUAUUAGGAAUGUGGGAGGCGUUUUCCUGGUGCUUGGAAUCGGAUCGUGCCUUGGAGUGGUGAUUGUGAUUAUGGAGUUCGCAUGGAAAGCCAACAAAAUGCUUGACAGAGAACCUAUUCUUGUGAUGUUGUGGCAUGAGUUGCGAUCCACAAUGUCUUGCAGAGGAUCCACUAGACCAGCGCCAAAGGAUCCUGACGAUGAGCCAUCCGUGGAGAAAAUGCCAAUGGUCAACAUGGGCAAAAUGGAGGGCUUCACAUUCUCAUGACGUUUUAUUUCGUGUUUUAAAAGUCAUAUCUUAAAAAUCAUUUCAAAAGGCUCUUUUCUACAUUUGAAUUUCAUGAAGUCGGAAAACAUUCAACUAUUUGUAGCCCAAUGGGUUUUUCUAAUCCCUAAUUAUACUGAAAUAUACAACUACAUUGAGCUGAUACGUAAAAUUCGUCAAGCAGCAUUACAAACAAAUCAAAUCUGGAUUUGUUCUAUCGGAUUGAGCAGUGUUAAUUGGUAAACAACUUGUGAUGCCUGCUUCUGUUUCUUUGAAAUAAGUACAUAAUAUGUGUAUACGGGACUACAAAUAAGUGAGAAAGCCAUACUAACUAUACGAAGGAAACUUAGUCGUGUGUUUCAAUAUCGUAAACUAAAAUUUAAAAAUAUGGAAGUUAAGUGGAAAUAAUUAUCGAUUAAAACUAAAAUCACACAAAAACAAUCAUAAGUAGGCUAUUUUUAUCUACUGAUCAUAAAAACCUGUACAGUUGGGUGGUUAAAAAAAACUAUUUUAUAGCUAGAGUCCAGGUCAACCCCUAUUUUUUUAGACUUACUAAUAGCAUUAUGCUGUAAAAGUUUUAUCCUCAAACUCAAACUUUAAGAGGGUGUUCAAUGACCCCUCAAUUUAACAUUUGCAAUAGCAUAGAAAAUGUCAAAUUUAGAAACAUUAAAUUUCCCCAACAGUUUUUUUGUAAAUAUUUAUUUUAUUGCAAAGAAUACGCAUGUUACUCGAGUACAUUCUAAUAUGUAGCAUUGUUUUUUCAGUUGAAUAUAUUUUUUUAACUCCCCUCCCCAUACUUGUAAAGUUUGGGAGAAGGGGUGGAGCACCCUUUUUCAAUUGAAAUAGGAAGUUAAAAUUCUUUCAGAAUAUUAAUAUCCACAAGUCUAAAAAUAUUGAGGGGUGUCCUGUUAUUUAGGAGAAAAAAAAAUCGCAUAUAUUUUCAAACUAUCCUGCUGUACAGUAUUAUAAAUAAUGAUUUUUUUUUAAACUUUCUCUAUUAAAUAACUUCGGAUUAAAGGAAUUUUCGAUAAGUCUUUAUUUUAAAACCCUUAAAAACAUUUAAAAUGUUUUCUGAUUAAUUUCUUGUGCGACUGCAUGAUACUGUAUUUACAUUUUUUGUCAUUUUAACCACUUGAAAAGAGCCUUUUAAUGUACACUUGGAAGUUUCAUGAUGUGCCUGCUGUUGUAGUUCCAAGAAACUGCAACUGAUUUUGAUACCCUUCCUUUAUAAGCGCUGAUGGAGCGUUUCCUUAUGAUGUUAAAUGACAUGAAAUCACUAAGAGCUUUUAUCCUCACCGAUUUCAAAAUGGAAAAUUGUUAGCCAUCUCUAUUUUAAUAUGUGUAACGAUUCGGAACAAAACUGUAGAGUUUGUAUUGAAUAAAAUUAUAUUUGUUUGA